AUGUCCGCCGAACGCUCCGGCGCAUCGCGCAAGACUCCUGCCGACGAUGACGAGACUAUGGCUGAAUCCGUGACGAAGCGGAAAAGAAUCAGAAAGGGAACUCGGAGCUGCUGGGAGUGCAAGCGGCGGAAGAUGAAGUGUAUUUUCGAUUCGUCCACCGACGCCAUCUGCAUCCGCUGUCAGCGACGGAGUACCAAAUGUGUCAGCCAGGAGUUCCCCGAGGAGAUUUCCCAGCCGGUAGACAACAACCGCAAGAUGGGCGACCGCAUUGUCAGGGUGGAGAACCUGAUUGAGCAGUUGAUUCAGAAAGUUGCCAACGACGGUCCAGGGCCGUAUGCUGGGAACCCGGACCGGGGCAUCCCCAUGCCUGCAUCGAUUGACUCGGAUUCUUCCCGGAUUCUGGCUCUGUACAAACCCUCACAGGACAAUGACACGGUCGAAACCGAGAUUCACCAUGACCUCCCCAAAUCUGAUCGGCUUCCAGUCGCCACAGAGACGACUGCUGGGCCGGGAGGAUAUGAAGCGCUCUCUCGCUCUCUGCACCAAUCGCUGCCCUCGCCCGAAGAUACACAGAGGACAUGCAAAGCCAGCCGUCACUUCUCUGUUCUGUUCAACGAAAUGUUGACCAUGCCAUACUCUGCUCUUCAAGACCGGCUCGAUUCGCCAGAGAUCUUGCUUGAGCCGCCGGGACCGAACGUACACCCUGUUCUGAUAGCGAGACAUAUGUUGCUCCUGGCGACUUUCCUGCAGCCUCUCCAUCCUGAUCUUCACCCGGAGAUAAGAGGGCUUUCGACAUCACCACGAGCGAUGAUGAAAAAACUGGCAGAUACUGCCAUCAGUCUUGUCACGACAAACGACGAGCUCCUCGGUAGCAUCGAAGGUUUGGAAUGUGUCAUGAUGGAGAGUCUGUAUCAAGCCAACGUUGGGAACCUACGGCGAAGCUGGAUAGCAGUCCGGAGGGCGAUGCUCAUUGCACAGUUGAUGGGUCUGCAUCGAGUCGACUCCGAGGGCCGGGCCCAAUACAAGGUGCUUGACCCGAAGACGAGGGCUCAGCCACAGUUCAUGUGGUUUCGAAUCGUUUUCUAUGACCGCCAUCUCUGCCUCUUGUUAGGUCUCCCUCAAGGAUCCAACGAUCUUAGCAUGGCUGCCGACGCGGUGCUCGCCAAUGACACACCCAUGGGCCGUCUUGAGCGGACGCACUGCGUCAUCGCCGCUCGCAUUCUGGAGCGCAACGAAUCGAACCCGAGCCGCCGUGACUUUGGCUUGACGCAGAUCCUCGACGGGGAGCUGCAGAGGGCGGCCAGGUGUUUGUCCAGCAAGUGGUGGCUGACCCCGAACUUGGGCAGCGAUGUGAACGACUCGCAGACUCUGUUUUGGGGCAUGCGGCGCCUGAUUAACCAGUUGCUUCACUAUGACCUGCUCAACCAGCUCCAUCUGCCUUACAUGCUUCGUUCCUCAGCGGAGCGCAGAUUCGAGUAUUCCAGAAUGACUUGCGUCAAUGCUUCGAGGGAGGUGCUUUCGCGCUUUAUCGUGUUACGCAGCUUCAACCGCAGUGCCUUCAGCUGCCGUACCGUGGACUUCCUCGCCCUUAUGGCCGCCAUGACACUGCUGCUGGCGCACUUAGACAGUCACCGCCGUUCGCAGGCCGACAAUCUUCUAGCCCACCAAUACCUCAGUGACCGUGCCAUGAUCGAACAGACACAGGAGAACAUGAAAGAAGUCAUGCGCCUCAAUGCGGAUUCGCUGAGUGCACAGAGUGCCGACCUGCUAAGCCGACUACUGGCAAUCGAUGCCAAAGCCGCGGAAGGCAAUAUGCACAGUGCCAUGAGCGUGAGCGUGCAGAGACCCGAUAUAGGAACCACGCAGCCGGACCAAGGAGACGACACAGGUGGCAUUAUGCGUGUGCACAUCCCUUACUUCGGCAUCAUCAAGAUUGCCCAUGAGGGUGUGAUCUCCAAGGAGACACCCAACGCCCGAAGCGACGUCAGCAACAGAAACCCGGCCAUUUUUGCAGGCAGCUCCAGCGCAACAACAGCGCCAACCUUGCAGACAGACGCUGCAAUGAGUUCCGCCUACGCCACUGGGUCUGGCAUGACACUUGGUGCCGACGAAGCGGGUAAUGAUGGAAUGAGGGAGUUUCCCUCAUGGCCACGAGCAGCAUCUGGCCCUCGUACUGGGCCACAGGUGCCACAUGAAGAGCCUUCAGUGCCUUUCACUAGCAGUGAUGAAGAGAUCAGCACACAGUUUGCACCACAACCAAGUGCAGUGGCUGACGAGCUCCUGCAGCAGUACCCGUAUCCUGGGCCAACCGAUGGCGCGGACGACUGGGCUUUACAGGGCGUUGAUAUGGCUUUCUUUGAUAGCCUGAUGAGAGGCGCUGGGAAUGCAGGAAAUGGCGACGCAGUGUGGCCGACUUGGGAAACCGGUCUUUGA